AUGACUCAAGUUCAAAUUAUCAGAAAGAAAGAUCUUAAGAAGAAGCGUGAUCCAUUGAAAGACCAGAAAACCGUUUGGUUGGUAGGCCAUUGUAUGGCAGUGGGAUUUGGUCUGCUCUUCACAGUAACUUAUCUCUUCCACGUUUUACUGUUCUACAAGUAUCGUAGUUGGAAAUGGUUGUUCCUCAGAUUUAACAAGGACUAUCACUUCAUCGCUGGUAAUAGAUGGUACCACUCAAUUAUAAGAUUUUUACCUCGUGUCUUCUAUAGAAUGGCACUUGUCGGUUCAAUUUUGGCAUUGAGUGUUACUAUGUAUCAAAAUUGGGCAAGUAUUAAUCCACAAUGGUACGAAAUGCUAAGUUCUGAAAAUUUCCAAAUGAUAAUUGUUGCAACACUUUGGCUCCUUGUAGGGAGAAGAUCAUUUUAUAGGCUGUUCCCUUAUAUGAUUCUAAGUUUUAUUCAUUUGAGUAAUUGGAAAGAAGAAACUAAGGGAACUAUGAGUUCAGACAAAGUUACAAAGAGAAAUGUCUUCCUGUUGAGAAUUAUGUCAUAUUCAGAAUUGGUAGUCCUUUUAGCACUUGUGCUAGAUUCUGUUCUUUUGAAAGAUGGUACUUCAGGAAUAUGCCUCGUAAUUUAUUUCGCAUUCUACUGGUUACGCUUCAAUUUUUCACCUUAUGCACAAGCUACUGCCCUUGAUGUAUUGGGCCAUUUGGACCACCACGUCCCACCAAAAUUCAGACCCCAAUGGGACAAAAUCAAGGAAUUUAUCCAUGCUAAGGACGAAGCACGUAUUAGAAGAAAAGGUAAUAUUCAAAAGACAGCUUAA